AUGCUGCUCUCCGUCAUUCUAUCCUUUCUCGCUCCUGCAACCCGUGCGGCCCCGGCAGAUGGCAUCACCGUUCCGGAGUCCACUACGCCACUGCCAACCACAACAGUCACUAUCUCUCCCAUUGAGAUGCCAGUCGUCGAAGCUCGCCGCUGCCUUUCUGCAGUAGACUUUCGUGCCGCUCGCAAACACGACUACUAUCCUCUCUGCAACGUCGACAUUCCUGGCAAAGACAUCUUUUCCUUCCUCUGGGUUGGACAGUUCGAAUACUGCCUCGAGUUCUGUGACGCUUUCAAUUCGGGUGGCGAAGGAGGCGGUGAACUGCUCUCUGACAUGCCGCUGUCUCCUGAAGUAGCACAAAUGAGAAUGCGUGGCGAGUACGUUCACUGCAAGGCGGCUCUCUUCCUUCCAGAACGGUUUUCCGGCGAGAAUGAUUGCUAUCUGAAGUACGCCCUGGACGGUGCUAUCAAGACGAACGGCACUCCAUGGGUUGUCGGCGGUAUCAAGAGACAGUACGAAGAAGAUGGUGGACUUACAUUCAAUGGAAGCACUACAGCUCAUGCUACGGCUACCAGCACUGGAAAUUGGACCAGCAUCUGGCCUACGGGAAUGAGUACUACAGCGUCUCGUACCACCUAUUCUGCGUCGAGCAACGAGACCAUCGCUUCAACCAGCCAUACCAGCUCCGGAAACUCUUCUUCCACGACCAGUUCCAUGAAUGCUACCACAACUGCAUCAUCUUCAAGCACUACUGAUAGCAGCAAUGCCACUGAUGCCAUCACGGUCCACAACUCCUGGUCGAGCGACGGUCUCACCCUUCCUGUGCCAGCCACCAGCACUCAAGCAAGCAACACGACUCAAGAGACGACAAUCUACAGCUCCACGUCCAGUGACGGUCUGCUGCCCGGCCAGCCAUCCACCGAGCACGAGACCAGCAUUACUGGUACUGUCACCAUCCAGAACUCCUGGUCCAGCGGAGGCUUGACACUGCCAACGCAGUCUAGCACGAGUGAGCAUACAAGCAGCAAGACUUCUGAGAUCAUCAUCCACAACUCGCGAUCGAACGACAUCCUGACGCUGCCAACACGCGUGUACAACCACGACUACUGA